AUGUUUUUAUCACGCAAGAAAAGUGGAGGCAGUCCAUCAACUGAAUCUCAUUUAGACCCGAUUAAUGACAACGAUGGAGAUGAAAGUGGAACAACCGGGAGUGGAGAUAGCAGAAAUGAAAUUACUCAUAUUAGUCAUGAUAGCGAAGAUUUUGGAGAAUUAGAGAAAUCGUCUCGUCUCGAUCAUUUGGAAGAAUCAUCUAUGCACUUUCAAGACAAAUCAGAUUCAGCUAUUGACCAAGCAGAAGAUAUACAAAAAAAGUCAAAUUUUGAGGAGUUUAUUGAUGCCAUAAAUACGUUAAAAACGACAAAAUCUUAUGAAAUAUUUUAUGAUGGUGCUGAAGAAGCUUUGCCGUAUUCUGACGAUGAAUAUGUUGCUGAGGAUGAUGAGCGAUUUUUUACAGACGAAGAUCGUUUAUCAUUUUCGCGUGAACAAUUAGUUGAAUAUCAACAUUUAACGAAAUUGUUACGUUUUGUCAAGGGUGGGGGUCGAUGCACGACAAUUUUAUCCUUAUCAAUAUUAAAAGAUCAUGAUUUACAAGAUCGCAGUGCAUUUUCAGCGUUCAAGGAUAGCGGGGCUAUUAGUGUUUUAUUGAAUUUUAUUGAAAUGUCUGAUCGUGAUUUAAAGUUAACCACUCUAUGUGUAUUACGAGAUGCGUGUAAAAAUCCAGCAUUUGCCUACGAAAUAUUUCGAUUAGGUGGAAUAAUAACAAUCAUUGAUAGUAUGACCACUGAUCAUGUUGGAAUGCAAGAAAGUUGUGUGAUAUUGUUGAAUGUACUACAAUUUCGACGAGCAAGACGCGUAGUGAGACGAGUAGGAUCAAUCAGUAAAUUAUUAACCGUCUUAGAUGAACUCAGUGAAUCAAUGAACGAAAAUUCUUUAACAAUCGCAUCUGUGACACGUGUUAUUCUUCUCAUAUGUAAAUCCGAAAAAAAUAAAUAUGUUGUCAUUCGAUAUGGUAUACCAAAAGUUAUUAUGAAAAUUAUUGCGAGUAUUCCACAUUCUUCAGCCACACCUAUUAUUUCACUAUUAGCUGUACUGCUAAAAAUUCCUGCAUUUCGUACGCAAAUGUGUGAUCCUGAUUUGACAAUGAAUAUAAUCAAGUUUUUAGAUAAUCAAGAUAUUGAUUUAGCUCGCUCUAGUGCCGAAUCAUUACAUUAUCUCUCAUUUGAUCCACAAUUGUUACGUUUUAUUCGACAAGCAAGUAGCAAAUUAACAGACAUAAUCAAAACAACAAAAGAUCCAUCUGUAUUUUGUUCGGCUAGUAACACGUUAACAAGACUUGUGGGUGAUAAUGACUUUUUGAAACGUUUUCCAGAUGAUGUUAUAGAAAAUAUGGUUGAUUUUUUGAAAAAAGAUAAUCCAAUGUAUUUAUCAAGAAUAAUGUUGUCACUCGUUGAGUUAUCAAAAAUAUCCACAGCUGUUCAAGUAUUUAAACAACGAAAAAUAUUUUCAAUACUUAUUAAACAUUUGCAAACAUCAAAUAGUGAUGAUAUUAUAUGGAAAACUGUUUUAAUUUUACAAGAAUGUGGCAAAGAUCAAGAAGCAGCAGAAUUGAUUAAUACCAAUGGAGGUUUACAAGAAUUAUGGACAUUAUUAAGAUUGGGUUCACCUCGCGUUCAAAUAGGAGCUGGAUGGGCAAUACGAAAUUGUUUGGCUGCAAUAGAAAAUCAUGGUGAACUUGUUCGAUCGUUUGAUGGAGUAUUUUAUUUGCUUUUGGCAACGUUAAAUAUUGAAGAUGUUCAUUUAUUAGCAGCUACAUGUGCCAUCAUUGCGGAAGUGGUUAAAGAUUCAAACAAUUUACAAAUAUUAACCGAUUUAGGGGUGGUUUAUAAAUUAUCAAGGUUACCACAUUUGGAAGAUCCAGUUUUAAGAAAACCAUUUUGUGAUGCAGCAGCCAACUUACUUGAACUACCAAAGAAUCGUACAGACUUUAGCAACAGACAUGUGUUGUCAGCAAUGAGGGCAUAUAUUGAAUUGAGAGAUUCAAUAUUAAAUCAACCAUUAACAAAAGCGAUCUAUGAUUUAUCUCGUAUUCCAUCAAAUUGUAUUUUGUUACAUGAUGUUGGUGCUGCACCGGGUAUAUUGAAGUUAAUUGCCGAUGAAGAUCCAAAUACCCAAGAAAAAUCGGCAUUGUCACUGAGAAAUAUGAGAAAAUUGCUUGAUGCAAAUAGAAGUGCCGCUCAGAAAAGUCGUAAGGAUUUAGCAAGAACUGAAUUACAAUCCAAGGGACAAUCUUUGUUAGUCCUAAAAUGUUGA